GUACAUGCUGGUAUGAUUUGAAAUGUGUAUCUUUACUCUAACUCCGCCACCAAAGCUGAGUUGGAACCUUGAAAUUAUCGUCCCGAUGCCAAAAAGGGUAACGUUCACACAUCCACCUUCGAAUCGUCGCGUCGGAUUGACUGGUCAUAUCGUCGGUCGAAUGUUCAAAGUUCGUCCAUGUUUCCUCCGAACUUCGGUGGAAUCACUUGGAUCAUGUAUAUAUCAAGGUCUCUUCCAGUGCUGAGUAGGUGGGCCGCAUGAUGCCACAAGUCAUGCUGGCCAGAAUGCCGUAACGCUUGUCCUGUCCAUCUGCCGUUGUCACAGUGGUACUGAUGCUCCCACCGAUACAUAGCUCUUCGAAACUUGCUGAUACAGGUGCCAUUCUCUGAUUUAGAGCCGCCGGUUGUUCGUGUCCAACGAUGACCUAUUCAGUCCCCAGUUCUGACAUAUGAUGUCCCUUUCUCAGGCUGUAGCGCAUGUUUCCCCCCGGAUGCUUCCCAAAUGAAAACUUCAAUCGCAGAUCCCUCUUACAACCAGCAUUGAUUGAUUACUGCUGGUCACUUGAUACCCCUUGGCUAUUUCUGGCGCUUUCGUGCUUCGACUUCUUGAUCGAUUCCAUCCUGGCGUUUCUAGCAGCGCCCUUUGACUUUUGAAUCUGGAUUAUAAAACUUACUACUGGUCGUCUGCUGUACCACAGUGAGCCCCCCUAUCGGCAUGCCGCCUACAGUCAAAGAACUUCGUAUCCUGAACAGCGUUCUCUGCGGUGUUGCCCUAUUGGUCACUGCGUUCCGCCUUUAUUUGCGUAAGACACGAAGCAAACUAUGGUGGGACGACUUCUGGGUAUUGCUUUCGGCCUUGUCGAUCAUCGUCUUGAUCGUCGUGAAUUUUCUUCACACAGACGAUCCAACUAAGUACUCAAGAGGUUCUAAGAUUGCUGUGUACUAUAUGUGUAUUCAGUUCUACUACGCCGUUAGCUGGACCUCCCGUCUUUCCAUUCUUUACACUGUCAUCCGUAUCUCCUUUGAACGGAUGCGCCGCGGCCUUAUAGUGGCAUCAGGAGCCUUCUUAAUCUCUUGGAUUGUAUUGUUCGCUCAAGUCUUUUGGGUCUGUGAAAGUCCUGGCAACACAAGCUGGAAGGAUCAGCCAAUCCCUCAGUGCGAACUCGGAGAGGACGUCGCGAUAGCGCAAGUGAUUACCGUCGUCGUGAGCGAUGCGAUCCUCAUUUUCGCACCCAUAAAACUUAUAUGGCGGACACGCUUGCCAAAAAGCACCAAAAUUCGGCUCGUAUCCGUAUUCGCGUCCACAGUCGCUGCAACCGCCGUUAGCUUGUACUACAUCUAUGCCCUUCUACGUAUUGGUGGAAUCACGGAAGAAUUUGCAGCGACGAUUCACGAUGGUGUCAGUCUCUUAGUCGCCAACCUAUCAGUUGUCAUAGCUUUUGCGUGGAGGCUCUCCUCUCCGGGAUCAUCUGGCGCGUCGGACGAAGCUGCUCAUGAGAAUACGCGGCCACUUCAUCACGGCUUUGGUCGCAAGGAGAAGAUACCGUCAAAGUCCUUCGCCCUCUCCACCGUGACGCCAGACACCUAUGUAGAUGUCCAUGUGGAGCACAUCCGCCAUAUCGAAGAAGGCAAUGACAGCACUAUGUGGAUAGGCGACGAUGGCCAAUCCAAGAAGCAUGAGCUAACAGCUCUACCCGGUGGAGGUCUUAGCAUGGGAACCACCGUCGUGAGUUUUGAUAAUAACAGUGUGAAUACAUCGGACAAGUAAACGGGCGUGAACAAGCAUUUGUGAUUGAUCAUGUGCGCUUUGAGUGGCUUCACUGCGGACUUGGCUCCUACUUAUUGUUGUACGCGGACAUUGCCAACGAUGAGCUUGUACUCGUAGUUCCUUAUACAUUAUUUAUUACUAACCAUGUCUGAUUGUGAGAGAAGUGUUAGGCCUGCCGGAUCUACUGAUGUUUUUGAUGUCAUGAUAGACUUCAG